UGAAAGGGGUUUUCCACGCCUCGCAUUUCGGCCGGGCGGCGCGUGGCGCGUGGUGCGGUUGUUGUUCCGUUGGAGGUCGCGGUGGAGAAUGUCGGCGCCGCUGCGGCGCCUGCAGCAAGCGCCUCGGCACCUGUUGGUGUGCGAGAAGGGCCACGCGCGGCACGCGCGUUCCCGCCACGAGGCGCACGUGCGGGACCACGCCUACAACUGCCGCGUGUCUGUGCUGAUCCCCGAGUGCGGCAUGCUGCCCCAGGUGCUGAAAAGCGCUGUUGCAGACCUUGGGGAGUACUACGUGGUGAGGGGCCUGCCCGUCCAUCAGCUGCUCGAUCUCGAAUUCAUUGAGUGUUUUGUGAGGAAAGGUUCCUGCUAUGCACUUGCCUAUAACACCAGAAUUGAUCAAGAUAAUACAGCAGCUUUACUACCAACUGGAAAACUAAUUCUGUCAGUAGAUAAAGAUACUUAUGAGGAACUUGGACUGCAAGGCCACCCUUCCCGGUAUUCUGGUAAAAAACCAAUGAGAUACAUUAUAACUAUUGACUUGACCGAUUCCAACUUUCACCCUGAUGGCAAGAAACAUAAGAGGGUGCUUUGGGCCUUGAAAGAAAAGAAACCUUUAGAAUUUGACUUUUUACUGGCUUGGUAUAAUUCAGGUGCAGAGGGAUCAACACUGAUGUCAUACUUUCCAAAAAACCAAAUACAGGCCCUGAAGCCAAAAGUAACAUUCAGCACAUUAAGAGACUUGCAGUGUCCAGUGUUACAAAGCAAUGAACUUGAAGGAAAGCCAGAAGAGUCCUGCAGUACAGAGGAACUGUUUGAAUGGCUAGGUGCUGUCUUGAAUCAAGUUAAUCUAGAUAAUGUAUCUUCUAGUUUUUUAUCAACCUAUUGCUGUCCUCAGCCCAACACAGUAGUGGACCAGGCAUUUUUGUGUACAAUCACAGGCUUCAUAAUUCCUGAGAAGAUAAUUCAGUUACUGGAGCAGCUGUGUUGCUAUUUUAGUGAACCAAAGCUGGCACAGUGGCUGACCUUAACUGUGCAUGGCUUUGCAGACAGCCCUGUUUCAUGGAGAGAAAAUGAACAUGGUUUUCACAAAGGAGGAGAGAACUUGUACAACUUCGUCAUUUUUAGAAAUCUGGACUACUGGCUUCAGAUGGCUUUAGGAACUAAUGAUGAUUGUCCUCCUUAAUGCUAUCUACAGAAGAAGCAUUCUAAUAAUCCCAAGAUACUGUAUAAAAAUACAGUUUUUAUAAAAAUAAUUAGAUAAGUUAAAUCUUAAAA